AUGGCAUCAUCUGGAGCAGUAUUUGUUUUUCUUACUACCGUGGCCUGUGUUAUUCUUGUUAUUCCGGUCAAAAGUAAGUUGGUUUUUUUAUUUAUUUCGAAUAUUCGACGAUUUUGAAACAGUUAUUAUUAAUAUUAUCGUCAGUUAUUAAAGCAGAUUAAUCUCUUGGUAAAAAAGUGCCCGAAAAGAUCAAAUAUUUUUUACGACCGCUAGGUAUUUACCAAUUAUUGCGAAAUAAAAUUUAGUUUUAGUACACGAUUAAUAACAGCUGCUAUAAAAACGGUAAUGAUUUCAAAGGGAAGUGUCAACAAAAUUAUUAUUAUUAUUUUUUUUUAACACGGCAAUAUAAUAAUAUUUCUACUACUGCUACUAGGGUGUAUAGGAGAUGAUAUUAAUUGUUAAUUAUAAAUCGAUUGUUUAGAUUCUGUGAGCAUAUAAUUUAUACAUUAUAUAAAUGUACCGCAGUCAAAAAUCAAUUAAAAAACGCCAUCCGGCGGUUAAAUUACCGGUGGAAUAAUAUAUUGUGCAUUUUUUUUGUCUACCGGUUUUCUCGUUUUUCUCGGAGGGGAAAUAUGGAGGGGAAAUUUCGAAUGCAAUGAUUAGUUUUUAAAUUCGUUGUAUCCGUGAAAUAUUAUCAAUAACUCAUCAAUAAUAUAAGACAUUAUGGUAAACGGUAUAAUAUCGCUUAUUAUUUUGUCGAACUCGGAAUCUGUGUGUAUUAUAAUAUUAUAAUAUAGUUUAUAAAGUUGGAUUUAUUAUACGAAUUUUGAUUAUCGUCGCUUUUUUAUUAGAUAUUUUUUCUUACACGCGCAUUCCUCCGAAUUCCCGCCGCAUUUUUUAAGANUUUAAGGACUCUAGUUGCCCUGUUUUUGAAUGCAUUAAGAAUUGCAAAAGUACAACUGACAAUUAUAUUGAUGUUGUACAGUUAAGUACUACUCUAAGUAUUUCUAUUUAUAAGACAGAAAAAUGUGGUUGGGGUGUCAAGGCUUCCCGAUUCAUCAGACAAGGAGAGUUUAUUGCAAUCUACACAGGGAAAUUAAUUACAGUAGAAGAAUCUAAAACUAGAUUAAAAGAAGAUGCUUCUCUUUCAGAAUACAUGUGGAACUUAGACUUUGAUAAACGUAAUUAUGAUUAUAUUAUUGAUGGGUCAAAGUAUGCCAACUUCACACAUUUUAUUAAUCAUUCAUGCAAACCUAAUUUACAUUUUUGUACAGUAUGGAUAAAUUAUUUGGAUAA